AUGUCCAAGUGGAGCAAAAAGCGCCGCGCCCCUCCCGGCUUUGAGUACAUCGAGCCCGUCUUGGACGCGCUUGAGCGCGAACUGCGGGAGAAGAUGAACGAGCCGCACGAAGGCAAGCGUCAGUGCGAGGCGCUGUGGCCCGUGCAUCAGAUCAACUGGCAGCGCAGUCGCUAUGUGUACGACAUGUUUUACAAGUACCACAAGAUUUCUAAAAAAGUGUACGACCACUGCGUACAGUGCAAAUUUGUGGACGCGAAUUUGAUUGCCAAGUGGAAAAAAAGGGGCUACGAGCGGCUCUGCAGUACGUUCGCCAUUAACCCCAAGAACUACAACUACGGGACCGUCAGUAUCUGUCGCGUCCCGAGGCAGCAGCUGUCGGAAGGGCAGAUCGUGCAGGAGAAACACAGUGGCUGUCGAGGGUGUGCGUCUGGCCCCGGGGGGUACUAUAACAUCUUUGGCAACAAGUACGGACAGGACUUGGCUCGGAUCCAGCUUGCUAGGGAGGAGAAGCAGGAGGCGACGACGCAGCAAGUGUGGGCCACGGAAGAAGAGGAGACGGACGAGUUGCAGAGUGGAUCGGAAGAGGAGAUGGAGAAGAUGGAGAAGAAGAGGCAGCGGGAGGGAGCGAGUGACGAGAGUCAACGUGGCAGUGAGGAGAGUGGGAGUGAAGAUGAUGAGGCGGAAGCUCCGGGAAAGAAGCCGAGGAAGGAAGAGUGA